AUGUUUCAACACUUGUACCACCAGACCCACACCAGAGUCGUGUCCAGCUCCCUGUUGGACAACACGUUGGCGGUAUUCUGCGCGAGAUGCCGGACGUUCCAGAGGAAAGACACUCAGUGUCAGGCAUUUGUGAAGAGAAUCAUAACGAGUCCUCUGUUUAAGGUGAUCAUGAUCAGCAUCAUCUCGAUGAACGCCUUUGUGGUGGUCUUGUGUACUGAUUACAAAACAAGAUACAAGUUGUUCAGACUUUUUGAGAUCUUGGAGAUGAUCUUUGUGACCAUGUAUAGCGUUGAGUUCUACAUGAAGGUUUACGUGGACCCCAUCAACUACUGGAAGGAUGGCUACAACCUGCUAGAUGUGGUGAUUAUCAUCACUCUCUCGAUCCCCUACUAUCUCCGCAAGGUCAAGGGCAAGCACUAUCCCUACCUCAACAUUGCUGAUGGCAUCCAGUCCCUGCGCAUCCUCAAGCUCAUCACCUAUAGCCGUGGCAUCCGGACGCUCAUCACCGCCAUCGGGCAGACAGCCUACACCGUGGCCUCCGUGCUCGUCCUGUUCUUCAUCCUGAUGUACAUCUUUGCCGUCCUGGGCUUCUGCCUGUUUGGAGGUCCCGAAGGGGGCGACCUGAACAACUGGGAGAACCUGGCUGGGGCCUUCUUCACCCUCUUUAGCUUGGCGACGGUCGACGGCUGGACAGACCUGCAGGAGAAGCUGGACAACCGGAAUUUCAUGCUGAGCCGAGCGUUCACUAUCACCUUCAUCUUGAUUGCCUCCUUCAUCUUCCUCAGCAUGUUCGUGGGUGUGAUGAUCAUCCACACUGAGGACUCCAUUAAAAAGUUUGAGCGGGAGCUGAUGCUGGAGAGGCACCUGACGCUCCUGAAGGAGAAGCAGGUGAUCUUGAAGCGGCAGCAGGAGGAGGUCAGCAGGCUGAUGCAGAUGCAGAAAAACGUUGACUACAGAAGUUUCACUGAGCUGGUGGAGAACUUCAGGAGGACCCUGCGGCACACUGACCCCAUGGUCUUGGACGAUUUUGGCACUAGCCUGCCCUUCAUCGAUGUCUACUUAUCCACCCUGGACAACCAGGACACCACAAUCUACAAGCUCCAAGAGCUGUACUACGAGAUCGUGCACGUGCUGGGCCUGAUGCUUGAAGACUUGCCGCAGAAGAAGCAGUCCCACUCCUCAGAAAAGGCGGAUGACACGUAGCUUGGUGUGGGCGCCCAGGCCCAGAGGGCCUCAGCCUGUGAGAGGCCCCAGUAAACACGGGCUUUCUGGGCUGGCCUCUGCAUUGUUGCUGCGUCACGUCACUUCCCCACCCUGAGGGCUGGGUCUGGGCAGGUGCCCAUGGUGCCCGAUUCCCCAACACCCCCACCUCACAAUGCAGCUAGAUCUCUGGGGUGGGCAGGAGGAGGCUCAAGACUCGUCCUGGCCAGGGGGUACACCCAGAGGCCACACUGGACCUCUCCUCCCUUGACCCAGUGCAGGGACCUGCUGUGUUCCUGGGGAAGCUGUCUGAGGACCCCGGACCCAGAAGGGCCCAGACCUAGCAGCCCCCUACAAGUGUGUGGCUCCUUCAAGCUGGUGUGACCUACUUCCCUCUUGGAACCUCUGCAGCGCUCACCUCCGGGUCAUCCCCACACCUGGCAGAGCUACAUCUCUCUCUCUGGGCCCACUGCCCUGGGUACCCUCUUUGGAAGUCGCCCCUGCUUUCUCCCAGGCUCGCAGAGGCCGUGGUGCUCCGAGGGGGUGGCAGUGACUGGCAGGGCUCUGUUGUGUGGGCAUGGAGCUCGGGGUAGGCUGGUCUGGCUGGCUAGCUUCAGGCACUUUGGGCUGCUUCCCCUCUUAUGGUCGGUUAGGACUCUUCACCGAAAAGGUGGGCUUUUCUGCAACAUUCCUAGCCAGGUGACUGCCAGAGCUGCCCGGGCCCUGGGGCCCGCUGGUCCAGCCAUGAUGGAGCCAUUCGAAGGCCCAGGUGGGCCAGGGGGCUGGUACCCCUUGCCCCCAACUGGCCAGACCAGAGGUCUGGUUGUUUCCCCUCUGCUCCAUGGCUGGGGAGUACUGAGGCCUGUCACCUUGGCAGUGACAUCUCAGACAGAAGGGGGUGGGUUCUGGGAGCAGCCAAGUGCAGAAAGACCCAGGACCCACACUGGGGAGUCAGGUCAGCAGAAGAUACAUGGGGUUGAGUCGAGAGCGGGUGGACACGAGGGUGGCGUGGGUGAGCCCGUGGGUUCCGGGCCUGGGCGAUAGCACCCCUGAGGCCACAGGACAAGGGCAGGUAGAAACCUAUAUUUGUGGUUUCACUUCUGUAUUGACUACCAUUUACUGAGCUGUGUUGGGUACCAGGAUUCUGUGAAGAGAGGCCCACAGUUGAGUAGGGGAGAAGGAGAUCCAGUGAGACUGGAUGAGGAAGUCUCCUGAGGAGGCGACAAUGCCUGUUUGAGUGCAGGGAGCGCGCAUCUGCUAGGUACUCACAUCGUGUCCAUUUGCGGGCGUUCACCUCUCAGG